AUGAAAAUGAAAAACAAGAUCGUCUCACUUUUUGUCAAAAGAGAACAUUUAAUUCUCUUGUCCAAAAUGUAACUCAAUGAUUAAAAUGAGCUCAUUUUGGAAAUUGACUAAGUCAAUUAGAAGGUUGAAAAUACUAUAUUGAAAACUGAGAGAUGGCCUUAAUGGGACUUAGAUUAUUUUUAGAAUUCUUUUGUCUAGAUAGUAAAUUUGACAUUCUCCUAUUAUAAAAUGUAUUUUCCUGUUAAUUCAGCCUUACAAUUUCGAGAUCACUUGAAGUUCACUCAAAGCUUAAAGUAAAUAAAUUAUGGAGGAGUAACACUCGAAGAAGUCUUUAAAUAACAAAGGUUACGACUAGUCACCUCUCUCUCUAUUCGACUCUCAGAAGAACCUCUGUAGCCAAAAAUUGUUAACAAUAAACUUGAUUUUGAUUACAUCUCACUCCUACAAUCAAAGUAUUUCAACCAGAGGAACCCAGAUUAUCAACAACCUUACUCGAUCCUCAAUCUUAAACUCCUUGAAUUGAAACCCAACACUCGCCCUCUAAGAGAAAUAUCAAUCUUUUCAAUUCAAGAUGUACCACAAUUUCAAUUAAUCAACCCACAACUAAUACAACCAAUUAUAAAUUAUGACACCUUAUCCAGCACUUACGAAUACAAAUUUAAUAAAUUAAUGCAAAGAAAUUCCCAAAUUUAAUAAACAAUCAAAACUUACUACUCGUAGAUUAAAUUAUUAGAUUAUAACUACAAUGAAAAUGAUAAAUUGAAAUCGAUAUUUCUAGAAAAAUUAAGAGAAUGCUUAUUCACAGAAAAUUAGAUUAAAUCUAUUAAACCGGCUAAAAUCUAAACUAGCUUAAGUUAAAUUAACAUAGACACAGAAAAGAUUAGUAUGCUCAAUAGUUUAAAUUCAAAUGAUACUGAUAGAAAUAAAUCACUGCAAUAAUCAAUUAAGAGAGCCAGCAAAAAUGAAUCUUUUUGUGAACAUGAAAAAAUUAGAGUUUCAGACCGAUAAUAGAAAUUAAAAAAUAGAAUCAAAAAUUUGAACACUAUGAUUUUUAAUUAAGUGAACAAAGCUAGGUAGAACUAAAUCAUUCCUGAAUAAUGUGAUGAUUCCCUUAAUUUUCAAUAGAAUAAUUAAAAAAUGAUCAAGGAUUAAUAAAAUUUUAGAUCUUUGACUCAGUACACUUUAGAGGAUAGCUUCAAAGUUGAUACUAAUUAACAUUAAAGCUAUCAAGCACCAAAGAAUCCUAAGCUUAAAUAGCUAGAUAGUCAAUCUAAGGAGGAAGAUAAAAAAAUUUAAAUCUCUGAUUAAUUAAGCAGUAGUAUAGAGAUGUAAGGUUAGAGGAAGAAUUAUAAAUUCAGAAGAUCACAAUAUGCUCCAGAAAAUAGAAAAGUAGAAGAUGCAAUUGGGGAUAAUAGUAAUAAUACUGAACAUAUUAAAUAAAAUAAUUAUUCAAUCAAAAAACAACAUAACAAAUCUAUUGAACGUUUGACUUUAAAACCCAUAGAUUAUGUCCAAGUAUGUUCUGGAGAUUAAAAAUUAUAAUAAAAUGAAUAAUUCACUUCCCCAAAUAAACAAAAGAGAUAUCAAACAUAAGAAAAGGAGGAAUUAGAAUUGAAUGAGAUUUUAAAAUGGAAAAAACAAAGUAAUUAAAGUUUGAGAAAUGCUUUAUUAUUACUACAAUGUGGGCGUUCAGAUUAACUGUUGAAUUCAUUGAUGGCCAGUGGAACAAUUAAACAUUAAUAAUAUCAGUCUUUCUUAUAACCAAUAAAGAUAUAUUCUAAAGCUAAAUAUCUGACUCCAAAGUGA